AUGUUUAAAAAAAAUCGUUUUCCUGAUGAAGCCGAUAUUCUGGAAAAGCUUGAACGCGUUCAGGAUAUACCUAAUACGACAAGAGAGCUCACUGAAGCGAUUCUUGAGCUAAGAAAUACACCAUUUACUGAAUUAAAUAGACAACAGAAAGAAUUCGUUACUGACACACUUCCCGAUGUAUUCAAAGACAUUGUUGGUCUUAAUAAACCCUCAAAAAAGAUCAACAUGGAAAUAAAUAUCUUUACAGAAGCUUAUCUCAAAUUAACGUCGGAAUACAACUUGAACAUUGACAUGAUUCAUGUUAUUGGAAAAAUUUUUGACAAGCAAAUGAGAGAGUUUAAGCUGAGAAUGAUCGGAGAAGUUACUGCAGGAACAAAAGAAAAAUUUUUGAAUUUUUCGCCAGAAUUCGAAUACUUACUUCCAGCAGAAAAAAGACCACACUGCAAUCAAACAGUGAAAGAAAUCAUCAACCAAUUGUUCACAGCUGGCAUUGUUGCAAAAAUGUUUGAAAACAUCUCAAAUCAAACUACAAAACCAGAAAUAUUCGCGGAAUUCUUAACAAUAUACUCAGGAAUCGAGUCCUCACUUGUCGAUGAAGCCAUAAGUAUAAUGCUUCCAAUUAUAUUCGAAGAAAUAAUGCGUUUACUCGAUGUACAACAGACAGAUUUCUCUGGUCUCUGCAGUUUCCUCGCGAAGCAUUUCAGAGCUAGCAGCUUUUACGCGUCAAGAAUCAUUGAAACUCUUUGUAAAAUGUCGGAAGUCGGAAAUUUCAGCAAGAGGAACGAAGUUGUUGGGGAAAUUAUUGAAAUAGCCAGCUACCCGGUCAACCAGCCUCUUGUAGCUGAAAAUGCAGAAAUAAUCAAGAAAACAUUUAUCGAUGCAAUUAAUAUCAACCAAAACCAAAUUAUUUUAAAUCAGAUUUACAAUUUCCUACCAAAAUUUUCCGAAAUUUGCUCGUUUUCUGUUGAAGAUAUCGAGUCAACCAUAGAAAAGUCACAGGGAUCAUGUCCGACGUCAAUGAUUAUGGAUAUAAUACCUAAUUUACAAGACGCUCAUCUCGAUAAAUUUACUACAUUCUUAAUUACAAACAAAUACUUUUAUCCAGACUUAUUUUCAAGCCUUAUGAACAGAAUUCGUGGACCAUCAUGCCGUAAAUUACUCAGUUAUAUGCUGGAAAACAAGGAAAUGCUUCAAAAAGUAGGUUUAGAAGGUUUUAAAAUGACUCCAAAUAUUAAAACGUAUAUAGCUGAAAUUGAACCUAAUACUCCAGAAAUAAUCGAAAGUUUAAGUCUUUUCUACAUCAAAUCUCCAAGAAUUGAGCAAUUCCACGACUUUAUUAUGGCAACAAUCAAUAUGAUACCGCAAAACCCAUCAUUAAUCAAUGUUUUAAUGAAUUUUACAGAAACAAUGACCAAAUUCGAUUCAGAAGGGACAAUCUGCGAUGUUUUUAACUUCUUUUUCAACAAAUUUAUGGAAGAAGGCUCAGAUUCAUGGGCUGUUUCACUUUUACCGAUCAUUACAGCAUGGAUAGGUGAAGUUAACAGGGUUCCUUCCCAUUUCUUCUUCGAAAAGUUCAAGCAAUUGAAUUAUGAAAAUUGUCCAAACGUAAUUCCUUCACUUUUCAACAUAGUUGUUGCAAAAUCAGAUGACCAAACAGGAGUUAUCGAUCUCCUAUUCAAUAUCAUCAGCAACGACGUCCCAAUUCGCCAUGUUCACUGGGCAAUUUCCGAAAUCUUCAGUCUGAUCAAGGAUAACGCCGAACAAGUAGCAAAUGCAUGUUCCAUGAUACUCGCCAAGCCAAGCGAAAGCCAUUUCAGAAUGAUUUUCGAAGCUGCAAAAUUUGAAGCAGAUUAUUUUCGGUUGGAAGACACAAAUUUCGGUGUAAAACAGAAAGUUGUCAUCAAAGAGAACAACGCAGAGUUCUAUGUCUCAUUCACUCCCAUUCAUUCCUCAAGAAGAUUGUAUGCGGCCGUUGCAAACCACUCUGACAUACCAAUUGACGAACUCCUGCUAUGGAACGCGGACCCUCUGAACGAGUUCGUAAUCCCAUUUGGUUGUCCGCUCACUUCACUUCACUUAUCUUCCACAGAAACACUAUUUGUAUCCAUAGAAAAGACGAAAGACAAGAUUUUACAUCAGGCCAAGUACGAACCACAUUUCCUUACUUGUCUUUCUUCGCCAGAAAAAUCCGAAAUUUUGGCAAAUCUUCUUUCUCAGUCCCACAACAUCCAGUUAUUCAGAGUUGCAGAGCUCAUUGAUCCCUCAAACAUCCCCGUUAUCAAUGAUGUCCUCAUCAACCUUCUUCACGGUGAGAUUUCCGAUAUCUCAGAUUUUGUCAACGAAUAUCUUCCUCUUUUCCCUGCUGCAUUGAAUGCAUUAGUAGAAUCUGGCAAGGCAACACCUUCUGACAUAGAAAGUUCCGCUACUUUCAUUGCAGAACACACUUUUGACUCUGUUUCAACAGCAAUUUGCUGCGACGCAUUGAUCAAAAGUCCGAUCAAAAUAAAAGUGUCACGUGAAGUGGCCGAACUGAUUAUUUUGAAGGCAGAAGACAGCAGGAUCCGAGAGAUGGCAAUAAACAUCAUUGGCGAAGUCGAUGACAACUUAUUGAUACAUUUAAUAGAGUUGUCAACGAAAUUGGAAUACAGAAGUCAUUCCAAUCAAUUGUACAGAUUUAUUAAGACAUAUGAACUGUCACAUACAAUCUUCGAGUCAUUCUAUGAUGAUUUAGUGCAGUUCGAGAUGUCAUCUGUCUGGGAUAUCGAUGAAACAUUCAUUGGAUUGUUGGAUUACAUCGAAGUCAAUGAGAAAACAAUUAAAACAACAUUCAAUCGAUUGUUUACACAGCCAACAUGCGUCUGUUUCAUGACUCCCUUCUUGCAAACUCAUGAAUCAAGAACAGCUGCUUAUAAUUUCUUAAAAGAUCCAAAGGCGUUGCCUCAUAUUUCUGCUUUCCUCCAAAAAUUGAAAUCAACCCCUAAUUAUCUUGUCACUUUUUCAGAUGACUUCACUCCGAAAGGACGAUUAGGAUUACUCAAUUUCAGCACAACAUGUUAUAUCAAUGCCGUGCUCCAGAAUAUGAUAGCAAUGCCAAAUGUUUUGGCUCCGAUUUUGGAUCUUCCUGCCAACGGUUUGACACCUUUUGUCAUGGAAUUGAGAAAGUUACUGGCUUUGAUUCGUUACGGGCGUGGAACACCAUUAAACAUUACUCAUUUUACAGAAACAGUACCAGAAUUUGAGCCAAAUUUGCAGCAAGAUGCACAUGAAUUCUUUGAUUUAGUAAUAAACAAACUGACGAAAGAAAUUCCAGAUCCAGAAGUAAUAAAUCAACAAUUAUGCGGAAAAAUAAUGAACGAAAUUUGUAAUUCAAAAACUGGAGAAGUUUUGACAUCAAAUGAAGAGUCAUUUUAUUAUUUGACACUAGCGAUAAAAGGACUGAAAAACAUUGUCCAAACCUUCGAAAAGUUCUUUGAAGACUCAGAGAUAUCAGGCGGCUACAGAAUAGACAGCGGAGAAUACGUACAAGCCGUAAGAAGAAACAGAGUUGUUACAUGGCCAAACUAUUUAGUUUUGCAGUUACAAAGAUGGGAUUACGCGUAUUUAUCAAGAGAAAGAAGUAAAUUGACACAAGAACUCCAAUUUCCUGUAGAAAUAACUCCUCCUUCUUGUGCAGAUAAAUACCAAUUGACAGGAGUUAUUGUUCACGAGGGAGAAGCAGACAGCGGACACUACAUGGCAAUAGUAAGAAACGAGACAGGAAAUGAUUGGUAUUUCUGCAACGACCAAGACAUUGUAAACUUUGAUCCGGCCAAUUUAGGACCAUGGUGUUUUGGCGGAGAACCAAAACCAGGGGAUUCUGUUUGGACAGGUUAUUUGUUGUUCUACAAGAAGAUAGGAAUGCAAGAAGUGUUUAUGCCAGAAGUAAAUCCUGAUUUGCAAUUAAUUGUUGAUGAAUACAAUGAUUCUUAUUGGCCUGCACAAUGUUUGUAUUCCUUCCAAUACAUAAAAUACGUGGAAGAACUCAUCAUGGCUAAGGAACAGACAGAAACAACUUUGGAUAUAAUUUACAGAACAUUGAUGAGAGUAAUUCUAAUCAAUGAAGAAAGUUUGCAAAGAUGGACUGAUUUAUUGACAAAGAAUAUUUUGACAAAUGUCAAAAAUUGUCAGAUUUUCUUCAAUUAUGUCAAAUUACUUUUUGGGCCAAAUCUUCCUGCCGCAAUUUCUAUCACUGAUGCCGUUGUUGAUAACUUCAGAAUUCUUGUACAAACAGCUAUGUCUGUUAUGUCAGAUACAACAGAGCAUUUGCAGAUGCUUCUGCAAGGAAUCGAUUACGGAUCACAUAAAAGAGCAAUGGUAUUUGCAUUGGACAUCAUUGCUUAUUGCUGUGAUAACUUGGCUGUUGAUUGGUCGCGUGAAGAAAGUGCUUUGUUCUUGAUGGCAGUUCUUUUGACAAUGGAAAUACAAAAAGAAGUGCAAAGAUCAACAGGAACAAAGCAUUUCCAAGCAUUCGAUUCUUUGGCAAAAGUCAUGUGCGAUGCCGUGAAAUCAACAGGAGCAACAGAAGCAAUGGCAACAUUCUUGGAUGUGAAUACAUUAAAUAGAAUUGUUGACAACUUGAAAAUGUCAAAUAAUUUCAUGACAUUUUUAGCUUUGUUGGCAAAUACAAGACCUGAUUUGUUGGAGCAUUUAAUUGAUGCUUCUCCUCGUGUACAAACAAUUGUCAACUCAGCAAUUCCAAUACAAAUUGGAGGAACAAACGAAAUUGCUAUGACAAUUGAUUUGUCAUUUUAUUUCUCUCACGGUUCUGAUUUCAUUUUCUCCGUUCAUCCUUCGAUCCGCAAUAGAACUUAUGAAACAUUUAAACUAUUGAUCGGAUCCCCAGAACCUCACAUCGACCAUUACUUCCACACAAGACCUUAUGAUCCUUCAAUUCCUGUUCCAAAAGUGACAGCGGAAUCAUCAUUCACGCAUUACAUCAUUUCCUUGAGUGAUGACUUUUUGCAAGUCAUACAACAAGAUGCAAUGAGAGGUUGUGAAUAUGUCUGCUUAUUGCAGUCUGUUGUAGGAAUUGCUCCGAUGUCUACAAAACCAUUAUUUAAUAAAUUGAUUGGUCCGAUAAUUGCUGACAAAUCAGGAGAUUUGUUGGAGUUGUUUAUGCCUGUUAUUCAUCAUUUGGUCGCUUUUGAUCCUGAUAUCCUCAUUACAAUAAAUGAAGAAGAGCGUGAGGUAUUCAGGAACAUGGCACAACCAACAAUUAUGGACGUAGAAUUGGUUUUGAUGGCUCCAAAUGUUUUCGCUGGAUCUUGGUUGUUGAGCGAAUGCGUCGAUUUCGUUUUGACUCAGUUGACACAGACAGAGGCAUGCGAUAGAUUGAUUAGCCUACUGAAGGAAAUAGGAUGCCAGGUGAGAUGUCCGAAAGAGGCAAAAGAUAAAUGGGUACUUUGGCCUGCGUUGCAAUUAUGGGAAAUUGGUUGCUGCGAUAAAAAUGAUUUGGCUUUGUUUAUUGUCAGCGCACUGAAGAAAGCACAACCUGCGGCUUUGUGCAAGAGAAUGAAGAUUGUGCAGAAAGCAAUAGAAACUGUUAAGGAAUUUAAGCCGGAACUUAUUGACGAAUCUGUUAUUAAUUUGUAA